GCUUACGCAAAAUAUCCAUCUCUUCCAUCCAGGAAGGACUCCCCAUCCGAUCGCCGCCCGGGUCAGCAUGUGUUGCGUGAACUCCCCCACUACCGCCUCCACCACCUCCUCGCAGCUAGGUCAGAUCGUCUCGCCGGAUCGCCCGCCCUCCUACUCCGCCGACUGCGCCCCGCCGCUCUCCGACGAGGGCUUCGACGGCGGGCCGCCGGACCGCUCCUCCGCGGACUCCGGCGAGGUCGUCGGCGGCGGCGCCGCCGCGGACCACGACGGCAUCUGCCAAUUCCCGCCCCCGAUCGUCGACGAAUUCGAUGGCAGGGCGCAGGCCAAGCGCUCCCGGGCGGAGCCCGCCACCGGCGGCGACGCGGCGGACCGCCUCGGCGAGCUUCCCGACGCGAUCCUGCUCUCGAUCCUCUCCCGCCUCCCGCUCCGCGACGCCGCGCGAUCAACAACCCUCUCCUCGCGGUGGCGGCGCCUGUUCGACCAGUCCCUGCUCGACUUCAACGCGUGCCAGCCGUUCCCGCCGGAGGGGGGCCGCGGCUGCGUGUGGCUCGUCCGCGCCAUCGACGCCAUCCUCGCCUCGGGCCGCCCCAUCCCGGUCCGCAGCUUCCGCUUCCUCAUGUACGGGCGCGGCUUCACCGACCACGUGCCCUCCGUCAGCGGCUGGUUCCGCGUGCUCGCGGCCCGCGGCGUCCGCGAGGUCGACGUCAACAUGUUCCACAUGGCCUGGAGGCUAACCCUCCCACCCUCGCUCCUCCAGCUCGCCUCCCUCGAAACCCUCAGCGUCUGCUUCUGCGACCUCCCCAACGACGCCGCGUCGCAGCUCCACCUCCCGCUCCUCAAGAGGCUCCACCUGUCCAAGGUCAAGUCGUCCCAGGAAACCCUGCAGGCGAUGCUGUCCCAUUGCCCGGCCCUCGAGUGCGCGAAGCUCGUGAACAUCACCGGGGUGGACAAGAUCUGCCUCCGGUCCAAGAGCCUGCUGCGCCUCUACGGCGGCUUCGGCAGCCUCACCGAGCUCGUGGUCGAGGACGCCCCAAACCUCGAAGAGUUGGUUGGCAUCCGUUUGCUCAACAGUGGAGCGGCAGUGAAAAUCGUCUUCGCCCCAAAGCUGCAGGUGCUGGGGUACUUGGCCAAGAACGUCCGGCCUCUCGUGCUACAUGAUACCGUAUUCGAUGGAGGCAUCGUGCAAUUCAGGACUCUGAUGAGCAGCGUCAAGACCUUGGCAAUCCAGGUCUCCUUCUCUGACAAGGGGCAUACCAUCUUCGUUGCUCAGCUGCUCAAAUGCUUCCCGUGUCUCGAGACACUCUGUGUCGAGCCUGAAAAUCGAUCAAUAUCGCACUUGGUUGCCUUUGAAGCGUGGGACACCACAACUUCUAUCCAGUGCAUCCAGCAUUCAGUCACCAAAGUUGUCUUUGAGAAUUUCGGAGGGCAUGAUUGCCAGUGGAGGUUUCUGCACUUUCUGCUUGGGAUGGCUAGAGCUCUUAAGACCAUCGAACUCUACCGUCUCAAAGGAGAAGAUUGUGACAGUACACAAGUACAGCUGUUGUUUCGGUCUAUAAAUAGAGUCUAUCCGGGAGUCCAGUUCCUGCUCUUCACAGCUUCUGAGCCGGUCAAUGGCCUGUACUUGUGCCAGUGCUGUCCCGGGCGGUGCCAGAAUGAAAACAGAGUUUCGCUGUUAUAAACCCUGGCGUGAUGGAUAGUUUGAAGCACCAGAAGAAGAUAUUGUGAUUGCAAUCUGAACAUCUCUCCCGCCAUUGGACUGUGUAAGUUUAGUUAAGUUGUCAUCUUGUGUCUGAAUCCGAGAACUGUUCAUAUAUAGUUUUUUAGAAGAAGAAUCAGCAAGGUGGGGAUUGGCUGUAGCAGACUAGUUAGCUGGACUUCUUGUUGGAUGUGUAUCAACUGGCUUGUACUUAAUAGUGUAAUCAUACUGCUUUAGGCUGAGUUUGAUA